AUGAUAUCCAGCGUCCGAUCGACCGGUAUACCAUUUCCCGGCACGCAGGCGCGCGCGCUGCCUGGUGACGAUGACCCCGACGUCGAGCUCAUCAUCGCGGAGCAAGUCCUCACCGUCUGCCUGACCAUCUUCAUCUUCCGUGGCGAGCCCGACACCUACUACAACCGACACGUCCUGCUCUACAUCUCCUCGCCCGACGACCCGGGGCUGCACGAGACGGUGCAUGUGCAGCGCGAGGACGAGGCGGCGCCGUGGAAGGUCUACCGACUGCAGGGCAAGACGGACUGGUCAGAGCCCGCCAACUACCUCGCCCACGUCAACGCCGGCGCCGUCCUCGUCCGGCCCGAAGCCGUCACGGCGCCUGGUGCGAUCAUCGCGGCGACACCCGUCACCGGCCGUCACAACGACGGCGGCUGGAACUGCCAGAACUUCCUGCUGGAGGGCCUACAGGAGUUCGUGCGGCAGGGCCUGCAGUCGCAGGCCUGGUACGAUGCGGUUGAGGAGGAGCUCUUGGAUAAGGUCAUCGAAGACGCUGUCGGCUGA